AUCGGAUCGUCCUCACUCUUUCAUUUUGUUCUCUUCUUCAAUCAUGUUCGCUGCUCGUUCGCUUGCUCGCCUCGCUGCCAUCCGCGCUCCUCUCGCUGCCCCUGCGACUGGUGCCCGCGCUGCCGUCGCCGCCGUCCGCCACGCUUCCCUCACUGGCAAGAUCCCCGCCAACCCGAACUUCUCGAUCGAGGAGCUCCCAACCAACGACCAACAAGCAACUGGUCCCGAGCGCAAGGAGAUGGACUUCCUCGCUCACCACCCCCACGGUACCCAGGACCCCUUCGGCCGAGAGCACAUUACUGGCCCGCUUGGCACCAAGACCAACCCCAUCGUUAUUCCUUCCCACUAUGACUACCGUAUCUCGGCUUGCAUGGGAACCGAGGGCACUCCCCACGACAUGGCCUGGUUUGUCGCACUGAAGGGCGUCAUGCACCGCUGCAAUCACUGCGCGCAGUGCUUUGUCCUCCAGGUUGUCGCCGAUCCCGACGCUGAGCACGACCAUGCUGCUCACCACUAAGCACGCGGCUUGAUGUCGUUUGUAGCACGUGUAUUUGUCGGUUGGGCUAGUUGAAGAAGAGAGAGAGCGAGAGUGAGCUCGCUUUUUUUUUUUGAGAAAAAAUCUUUCCUUCCACUCUUCGAACCGCUCAAGUGCACUUGAUUGCAUCCGUGUCUUGGUCUCUGUCCGUCAUGUCUACUACUACUACUCUUCUUGUUGAAUGUCAUUUUGUUGUGUCGCCUGUCUCUUCCUUUUUGUGUAAACAAGCAACCACAACCCCAGGUUGUGUUUUUUCUCUCC